CUUUCCCUCACUCCCCCCUCUCUCUCUCUGAACAGCCAGGAGACCUCUCUCAUGCCCCGUUGAGCUCUCUCUGAAAAAGCCCUGAAAGAACCUGUCCAGACAUGGCGGUAGAGCUGAUGAGUUUUAACACAAAGAUGGAUGAUCAGACGGCUAUACAAGAGGCUGCGUCACAAGGAAUUAAGAGCAUGGAACACUUGAUCCGAAUCAUGUCUCACCAAAAUAACCAUCACGUUGCCGAUUGCACUGACCUUACUGAUGUAACCGUUUCCAAGUUCAAGAAAAUCAUUUCCAUCUUAAACCGAACAGGUCACGCCCGGUUCCGUCGUGGCCCGAUUCAACCCAACCAGCCGGCCAAGUCUUCGUUUUCCCUCUCUCCACCCUCCACAUCGACACAAUCACCGCAAUCACAGUCUCAGUCCCCCUCCUUCUCUCGCUUCCAAAACCUAACCCUAACUCCACAGCAAAUCACACCUCCGGUCACCGCACCGGCGGCGCCGACGAGUCUGACGCUUGAUUUCACGAAACCGAAUAUAUUUAGCUCCAAGGGCGCAGAGAUUGAGUUCUCGAAGGAUAGUUUCAGUGUCUCUUCGAACUCGGCGUCGUUUAUGUCGUCGGGGAUAACCGGAGACGGCAGCGUUUCUAAUGGAAAGCAAGGAUCGUCGAUUUUCUUAGGAUCCGCUGGCAAGCCGCCGCUCUCGACGGUGCCGUACAGCAACAAGAAGCGGUGCCAUGAGCAUCAUCAUGAUGACACUGUCUCUGGCUCCUCUAGUGGCAAGUGCCAUUGCUCUUCCAAGAGAAGGAAGAAUCGGGUGAAGAAAACAAUCAGGGUUCCAGCAAUAAGUUCAAAAAUAGCUGAUAUUCCACCAGAUGAGUAUUCUUGGAGAAAAUAUGGUCAAAAACCAAUCAAGGGAUCACCAUACCCAAGGGGAUAUUACAAGUGCAGUACAAUGAGAGGGUGCCCGGCGAGGAAACAUGUGGAGAGAGCAACAGAUGAUCCAGCCAUGUUGAUUGUAACCUACGAGGGAGAGCACUGCCAUACUCAAGGUGCAAUGGAGGGUAACAUGGCUGCCGGAACUGUUAACUUGGUGUUCGAGUCAACCAUGAUGGUAGGGGAAUAAAGGAGGAGAGAGAUUUAGGCUUUAGGAAAAGAGACAAGUUAGACUUUUGUAAUAUCAAGAUGGUUGAAUUUGGUGUCUGAUUUUGUAUAUUAAAUUUUUAUUGAUAGCGGUGGGGGGAAUCUUAAUCUCCCAAGGUGAUCUUCAAAGUAAAUCAAAAGUGUUUUUAAAUUA